AUGUUAGGCUUGGGCAAUCCUGCCGCUAAGCCAGAUGUACAAAAUAAUCUGAAGGCAUCAACGGAGGAACAAUUACAUGCCUGCAUCACGGCAAAGCAAGCAGUUUCCUUGUUCUUGCCAAAAAUAUUGCUUCUAACUCGUUUUUUGAAUCGGAAAAUUGCCGCGCACACAAUUAAUCCUUGUGGUCUGUUUAUUUUGGCUCGAGAUCAAGCCUUUUUUAAAACAGAGGAAAUCCUGCGUUUUCGCGAGGAAGUGGGCUAUUGUUCAAUCAUGUAUGGGGAAAAACUCUAACAGACAGCGCGAGACAUCUUAACCCUGAGUUAUGUCGAGUUAAAGCGAUUGAAACAUUUCUUGCGGUAGUUUCUGAGUUACGGAUUUCCGUGACAAACGGCUACCUAUUUAGACCAACUAGCCCCCAAGGUCAUAUUGUGAACAACCCAUUGGAAAGCUCGACAGCAGAUGAGCGUUUGUAA